UAUCAUCUAUUUUAUGCAUAUAAAAUCAGAUGACUUUAUUUUACGGGAAAAGGUAUUAAUUUUUUUGGUCGGGAUCGGCCUGCGGCCUUGGGUAUAUAUAAGUCGGAAAGCUCGGGAUCAACAUUCUUUUUAUCAACUUGCUGGAUACAGAGUAGGUUGAAUAUUUCUUUGUCAAGUUUUUUCAUAAUAUUUGUAAGAAAUUUUUUGCAUCUGCCUUAAAUAUAUUUAAAUUUUGGUUAAUGGAUAAUAAAGUUUGUAUGUUCUUAAUACUUUUUUAAUCCAACGUAUUUAUUUUCUCUGGAUUGUGCUGGAUUUACAACCCGAUUAAAUGUGACACGACAGCCAUUUUGAAUAUAUUGUUGCAAUUUUUGCCCGUAGCAAAUUUAUCAAAAAAAUUUGUAUCUGGUGAAUUACAAUAAGUAAUUUUUGUUUGUUAUUUACUCUAACGAGCGGAAAUGCCUCCCAAAAAUAAGACUAAGCGGAAUUGCAGACUGAGAGACAACGAGGGCAAAGUAUCAAGGUCAAAGAGGUCAAGACAAGAGCGACCAGCGGUAGCGAUAGAGGUUGACGAUAAUCAUACAGUUCAGGAACAUGGUCCUCCAGGAAGCAUCGCCGCCCAAGAGAAUGUAGUUGGUGCCAGAAAGUCAAACUCUACCCCAUUGGCCCCAGCACCUGUGCCUGCUUUGGCCAUUGAAUCUCAAUCAGAGGUCCCUGAAGUUAAAGUCUGGUGUGUGGGCUCCUCUAUUAUUAAGAAUGCAAUGAUGGCAUCAGUAUGCAGACCGGGGGGAACAAAUCUUGGAUUGGAUAGAUUGAAAAUAAAUAUAUGGUGGCAGGGAUAUUCAGGUUUGAAUUUUUUGGGACUUAAAAGAAAGCUCUUUUUUCUGACAGAAUAUGAGGAAUCCCCAGAUUUUUUGGUUAUUCACUGUGGGGCAAACGAUUUAGGAUCAAUUGAUCUGUAUACUCUCAUUGAGAAAAUUAAAUCCCAUCUAAAGAUUAUUAAGACUCGCUUUCCACAUUCUACACUUGUUUGGUCACAGAUGCUGCCACGAAAUAAAUGGAGGUAAUCGGGGGACAAUAAAGCAAUGGAGCGAUCCCGUCUUAAGGCCAAUAGGGUAGCUGCUUCAUUAGUGUUAGAGUUGGGGGGUUGUUACAUAAAGUACCCCGAUUUAUUGAAAAACAUGUCACAAUUUCUGUUGCCAGAUGGAGUACACCUCAAUGACCUAGGAAAUAAACUCUUUCUAAAUAAUAUCCAAGGGGGGUUAGAAUUUUUCCUGUCAAAGCAAGACAAUGUGUAUCCUUAAACAAAACAUAAAGAACAUUGGUCCGUGGGGGCUUUUUUGUCAGUUGCUUGGGUGCUCCCCUAUGUGUGGGAUGACUGCAAACUCUCCUUCGGUUGUUCGCUGUCAUGUGGCGUUUGCGCACACCAAAGCAACUGAGGCCUACAUAAACUUUGUAUUGUUGUGAAGUUUUCACCAUUGAACUGUGAAGGGGGUUGAAAUGUUGAACCAUUUUAUAUGUAAAAUAUUUGCUGAUAUGUUGAUAUAAUUUGUUUUGUGCUUGAAUUGUGCAUAUAACUAAUUACACUUAAAUAAGUAACCUUAAAUAAGUAACCACCCGCGGUUUACCCGGAGUGGUCAUUUUUGCACAUAUGACUUGUUUGUGUUGAUGAAUUUUGUUGAAUUUGUGUGGGUUUGCCCAAAAGUUGUGUGUAUUAAUUGGCAUCCCACAAAUUACUAUGCCACGGCCAAUGUUCGCCAAAAUAAAGGUUAAAACAAACAUUUUGUUGUCAUUUCCCUGUAUAAAUAAUAUCAUCUAUUUUAUGCAUAUAAAAUCAGAUGACUUUAUUUUACGGGAAAAGGUAUUAAUUUUUUGGUCGGGAUCGGCCUGCGGCCUUGGGUAUAUAUAAGUCGGAAAGCUCGGGAUCAACAUUCUUUUCAUCAACUCGCUGGAUACAGAGUAGGUUGAAUAUUUCUUUGUCAAGUUUUUUCAUAAUAUUUGUAAGAAAUUUUUUUGCAUCUGCCUUAAAUAUCCUACCCACCCAUUCCCAUAAUUUGGAGUUUAAAUGAUUGCAUAUUUGGUUCUUGUGCUGGCUUUUUCUUUGUAUUUUACAGAAUCUGUUGCACUGGAUGUCGUCUUCGUGAAAUAUGUCGUGGCAUAACCUGUACAGGAGUGGCGUUUGCGCACACCAAAGCAACUGAGGCCUACAUAAACUUUGUAUUGUUGUGAAGUUUUCACCAUUGAACUGUGAAGGGGGUUUAAAUGUUGAACCAUUUUAUAUGUAAAAUAUUUGCUGAUAUAUUGAUAUAAUUUGUUUUGUGCUUGAAUUGUGCAUAUAACUAAUUACACUUAAAUAAGUAACCUUAAAUAAGUAACCACCCGCGGUUUACCCGGGGUGGUCAUUUUUGCACAUAUGACUUGUUUGUGUUGAUGAAUUUUGUUGAAUUUGUGUGGGUUUGCCCAAAAGUUGUGUGUAUUAAUUGGCAUCCCACAAAUUACUAUGCCAC